UCGAAAUCACCCUUAACAACCCAGCCUCCGGGAGAGUGGUGCUGGUGGGGUUCCGUUUAAGAUUAUGUCGCUAAUCCUCCCUCCGUAGUUCUGCGCGGAUCGCUGCCAAGCUCCCCCCGCCCCCGCGCAGGCUGGGGGCGUGUUUAAAGGGCUGGAGGAAUCCGCCGGCGGCAGGUCGAUCGGGAGCGAUCGGCAAAGUUGGCUGAAGUGGGGAAGCUGCGGGUACUUCGGGGAAAGUUGCUGGGAGCGGGGGAGAGAGACAGGCUCCGGAAGCAGGAGCCCCUGGCCCCAGGAGGAGUAUGGGCACUUUGCGGGAUUUACAGUACGCGCUGCAGGAGAAAAUCGAGGAGCUGAGGCAGCGGGAUGCGCUCAUCGACGAGCUGGAGCUGGAGUUGGAUCAGAAGGACGAACUGAUCCAGAAACUACAAAACGAGCUGGAUAAGUACCGCUCGGUGAUCCGGCCCGCCACCCAGCAGGCGCAUCAGCAAACCACCACCACCCUGCAGGGGGAACACAGGACCAAGAGGCAGGCAAUUUCAGCCGAGCCCACCGCAUUUGACAUCCAGGAUCUCAGCCAUGUCACCCUGCCCUUCUACCCCAAGAGCCCACAGUCCAAGGAUCUAAUAAAGGAGGCAAUCCUUGACAAUGACUUCAUGAAGAAUCUAGAACUAUCUCAGAUCCAGGAGAUUGUGGAUUGUAUGUAUCCAGUGGAAUAUGGCAAAGACAGUUGCAUCAUCAAAGAAGGAGAUGUGGGUUCACUGGUGUAUGUCAUGGAAGAUGGAAAGGUUGAAGUAACAAAAGAAGGUGUGAAGCUGUGCACCAUGGGACCUGGCAAAGUAUUUGGGGAGCUAGCUAUCCUUUACAACUGCACCCGGACAGCAACCGUCAAAAGUUCAUUUGCUAAUAUCCCUGAAUUCCACCACAAAAGGUCAACAGUUUACAUUCAUAGAAAUUUCUGCAUUCGUGUAUCUUUAUUAUAGCUCUUAUGUUUUCUCUGUUGUCUACUUAGAACUGAGGUCCACAGCUCAGCUAAGUGUCUGAUCUGCACACCACCCUUGCACCCUUUUUUUAGUUUUAUCAACAGAUUUUCUGUUGGGAUGAAUUGGCAUUAUGUAGAUCACGGCAGAGAGUUAUAGGGUAAUGCACAAGUGAUCGCUCAUAGUUGAUCAUAGUGCAGAAAUCCCUGAGGAUCCCCAGAGUUUUCCAAGUACUUUAUAGUUUAUAAAUAAGAAUGUCAACAAGAUUAAUUGGUACAUUUUCUGUUGACAAAAUGGAGCCUUCACUGUAUGUUACCUAUAUAGUUCAAAUGACUUUGUAAGACAAGGAAGUAAAAAUAAGCACAAUGAUAAUCACAUGUAGGAUUUUGCCCAGGGUUUCUGAUAGUUAUUUUUUGUUUAGCUU